AUGUAUCAUAUUGUCAAGAUAAAUAAAUUAAAUAGAAUUAAACUCCCUUUUAAUGUAAUAAGUACUAUAAAAAACGUUCACAAUGUAGACUUAAGUGAUAUACCCAAGAUAACAGUAACUGAUAUUCGAAAACUGUUGAGACAAAAAGGAUUUGCUGUUCAAGAUGGAUUUACAUCUAUUACGACAAAGUGCAUGCUCUGUUCAGAGGAAAAAUCGGAGCACAAGAAGGGUGAAAAUAGAUUGUAUGUCAAUAAGACGACAGGUUAUUUCUUAUGUCCCAAAUGUAAUACACACGGAGAUUGGAACAUACUUGAAAGAGUAAUAAAAAAAUCUAAAAUGGAAGGAUCAAUUAAAGAUUACAUUGAGUGUCUACACAAAAAAGUAGAAGAUUUUAAAAAUAAAUGGGAAAAUCUUAUAAAAGAAUCUACCUCAAUUUUAGAUUUAAGUGAAACAGAACUAUUAGAACUUUUUCGUUUAUUUGAAUAUCCAUUUCAUCAUGAAUCUAAUAAAGUAUUGUCAGAAGUAAGAGUAUCAGCAGACCAUACAGUAUUAUAUUUUCCUUUAAAAAAUUCUUUGGACCAAGUAGUGGGAUUUCGAAAAGUACAAGCAGGAAAAGAAGAAGAAAUUGAAAGCUUUGGUUUACAUACAGCUGGUGUAUUUUACUGUAAAGCUGCAAAAGUUAAUCGUAAUGACCAAGCUAUUCUUGUGCCUAGUAUGCAAGAUAUUCUCCAUUUAGCUGCUCACAAAGUUACAGGUACAUUUAUUUGGCUUAGUAACUGCAACUUACCCCCUGUUUUGUUGCCUGCCCUUGAAAACUAUCAAAAAUUAUGUUUGUGGGGGGACUGGGAUAACAUGAGAGCUGUGGCUGAAAAGCUCGGGGAAGAGAGGUGUCGUUUUGUAAGACCUACAGAUGGAUUAGUAACAGCGACUGAAGCAGCAUCAGCUAAUUUAUCUUUGAAAAAUCUUGUGUCAGAAGCAAAGCCAGCAGCUCACCGCUCCAUUACAACUUUUGCUGCACUUAGAGAUGAUGUGUAUGCUGAAAUAACCAAUAUAGAUAAAGUUAGAGGGGUGAAAUGGCGUCGCUUCCCAGCCCUCACACGACUCUUGGGCGGGCACCGGCGCGGGGAGCUCACUGUGCUCACUGGCCCUACAGGAUGCGGCAAGACCACCCUUUGCGCGGAGAUGUCUCUCGAUCUAGCUCAACAAGGGGUAACAACGCUAUGGGGAAGCUUUGAGAUACGUAACUCUCGAUUGGCUCGAACAAUGUUGCAACAAUUUGCUGGUGUACCUCUCGAGCAAAAUCUUCAGGAAUUCCCAAAAUUUGCAGAUGAAUUUCAAAAACUACCCAUCUAUUAUCUCGCCUUUCACGGACAGCAACCCAUCAAAGUUGUAAUGGAGGCGGUGGAGCACGCGCGUUACAUGCACGACAUAUCGCACGUGGUGGUGGACAACGUGCAGUUCAUGCUGGGGCUGGGCGAGGAGCGCGAGGGCGACCGCUACCUGCGCCAGGACGCCGUCAUCGCCGCUUUCCGCACCUUCGCCACCGCGCGCCACUGCCACGUCACGCUCGUCAUGCACCCCAGGAAGGAACGUGACAGUGAAGAUCUAUCAACAAGUUCUAUAUUUGGGAGUGCAAAAGCAUCACAAGAAGCUGACAACGUUUUAAUAAUACAAGAUAAAAGACUGACUGCUGUUCGUGGAAAGAAGUAUUUACAAGUUGCCAAAAAUCGAUAUAGUGGAGAUCUCGGCAUUGUCCCCUUGGACUUUGAUAAGGAUAGUCUGAGUUAUCAAUCUAAAAAGAAAACAAAAAAUAAGCAAGAUGAACCAGACAAAGUUUUGGAUGAAUGUUUUGAAGAAUAUGCAUUAGACAAUAAUACAAAUAAAACAUCUAAAAAUCAAAAAAGUAAGAAACACAGUGACGCUGAUAGUUUUCUCAGUGAUAUCUUGAAUUUAAACAGAACAAGA